AUGUGGAAUGACGGUGCCACUGAGAAGCGAACGCCGCCUAACCGCACCGUUGCUACUGCGGCCUCUCGUAUCAAAACCUUUGCGAUUCGUCAAUCACCACCGUCUCCUCGCCAUCAGCAACACUUACAGAGCUCAAAGGCAUCAGCAAGGACAUCGCAUUCAGCACGUGGAAACGACUGGUCGACGGUGAACUGGCAGAAUAUGGCAAAUCCUGGAACCCUAUGGGUGAAAAUGGAAAUCGAAGUGUCCGAUAAACCUGACACAACAUGGUACGAACAACUAAGCGCCUACAGCCUGAAACAGCAAUACGACAGCUGGUCACAGUGGAGGAAAAUCAUGCAGAACCACAAGUCAAUUCUACAGAAGCGUCUCGGCACAGGUAGACAGGCUUUUGUGCAACUGUUCGCAGCAUCCAAAGUACGAAACGUUGACCGCUGA